GUGGGAGAAGAGAAAAAGAGGCUGUGUGGAGCGCUCGCGCAGUCACAGCGAGGGACGGAAAAGUGAAGACACCCAGCCCUGGUUGUCACCCAGAGGAAGCUUUCAGCGUUUUUACGCGGACCGACGGAGAGGAAUCCCUCCCCAUGCCCGAAGGUCGCGUGUUUCCUGUGUGGCGGGGGAUCGGGGCCAGUAGUGGCAUUGAGUGGAGCCAGGGCUGGGGGCGCUGCUUGAGAUGGGACCCGAACAGAAUCGACCAAGUGGCCAGAAUCCCAGUGUUUGACUACCCCGUGUGGCUGGUCCUCUGCCGUGGGGGGCGAGCCAGGCUCAGGGAGGUUUGUCAGAAAGGGAGAGGUGCCAUCAGACUGCCCACAGACAUGCUGAGCAUCAAACUUCCUCAGCUCUUUGACAUCCAUCAAGUCCCCAAGGUGUUCAGGGAGGAUAGCAUCAUCUCUGGAUACCGUCACCCACGGAGCUCAGCGCUGGACUGCGUCCUCAGCAGCUUCCAGAUGAACAACGAGACGAUCAACAUCUGGACCCACUUCCUGCCAACGUGGUACUUCCUGUGGCGUUUCUGCGUCCUCUGCUCCACCCUGAACUUCCUGACAGACAGCUACACCUGGCCCCUGCUGGUGUACAUGAUGCUCAUCUGCGUUUAUCCCUUCACCUCCAGCUGCGCGCACACCUUCAGCACCAUGUCCGCAGAGUCCCGCCACAUCUGCUACUUCUUUGACUACGGAGCUCUCAGCCUCUACAGCUUAGGAUGUGCCAUAAGCUACGGAUACUACGUCAUGCCCGAGUGUUGGGUGAACACUUGGCUCCAUCAGCACUUUGUUCCCAUUGCUGUUGGGAACACGGUGUUCUGCACCAGCCUGUCCUGCUACUCCAGGUUCCUGGAGUUGCAGUUCCCAAAGAGAAGUAAAGCCCUUCGGACCACAGCCUUCGUCGUGCCUUUUAUAUUCGACACCGUCCCGCUGUUCUACAGGAUUCUUCUGUGCUGCGGUGGAAGCUGCAGUCCGGCCGACGCCGUGUCCAGUCACUGUUACCACCUCCUCUUCGCCUUCCUCACCUGCUUCCUGUUCACCGCCCACCUCCCGGAGAGGCUGGCCCCGGGCCGCUUUGACUACAUCGGUCACAGCCACCAGCUCUUCCACGUCUGCGCCGUGGUGGGGUCCCACUUCCAGAUGGAGGGCGUGAUCGCAGACAUGACGUCGCGGAGGGCGUGGCUCCUGAACCACGGAGCGAUGCCGUCUUUUCUCGGGACCAUCGGCGCGCUCGCCAUCAGCCUCGUCAUCAACUUGGGCAUCAUCGGCAUUUUCAGCGCCCCGCUGCUGUGGAAACGGUGCCGCGGCUCCAACCAGCCGCAAUCCUCCACCUGCGGGUGCAAGGAGCAGUGAGGGCUCCGAAUAAAGGCCGACUCACUUUCCAAAGGAAAGCUGAGGACCCAGGCACGUUUAUCGUGUGAGCGCGAGAGGCUGAGGGCACAUCUGCAGACGGCCGUUUGUUUCUGUGCUUCUCGUUUAUACAAGAACACAAAAAAAAAGCUCUGGGUUGAAGGAAGCGAGCUGUGGGAACACAACACACAAGUGCCUGUUUGCAGUGCAUCACUACAAGCUUCAAACUGGAAACUUUUCAUGUCACAACUUGCAGGGAUUAUUUUCUAAUUAACAGUGUCAGAAACUCCUUUUGCAUCAUUAAUUAUUGCAAUGUUCUCUGUAACUGGACACGUCGGUCAGUGCAGUGUUUCUGUGCGUUAAAGCAGGACGGACAUCACGUUCUCCGCUGUGCGUGAUGUAAUGCAGACGUGAUCGGCGGCUCUUAUUGAUUCCACUCGGGCCGCGUUCAGUUCUUUCUGGCUGCCUGCGUUUACCCCACAGUCUGCCACAGGUUUCAGCGCUGCGGUGAUUAAAAGACAGGUACCGCUUUUAUAACCAUUUGGUGUUCCCAUGGCAACACUAUAGUGGCCCCCCCACCUGAAGGUCUUCAACAGUUUUAUGCUCUGAGCAAACGGUACCAUUUUUACCUCCCCAUCACAGCUCAUCAGGUCCACUCUGAACUGUCAAUAUAAAAAUCAAUCAAUACAUAAAAAUUAAUAUUUGGAGACAUUUGUGAUUUAUAGUAACUACUGUUGGAAUGAAGAGAAACAGAGGAGAAAUGUAUAGUUAGUAAUUCAUAGCACGGGAUCAUUUAAAUGUGGGAGCUUUGUGUUGUUGCAGUAUUUUGGUGCACUUUGCAUUAUUAACCUUUCCUGCACUCUGACCAUUGUUUACGUUUACCACUCACCUGUUUAUAGAAUAUUUAUUCCAGCUUUAGGUGCAUUAACAAAAAUGAAGACAAGGUCUUUUUUUUUUUUUUUUUAGCAACUAUAACUCAUAACAGGAGCCCCACCUCAUCGAGGACUCUUUGACCUUAAAAGUUCACAUUUUGUUGCGUCUGUGUGUCGGUUCUGUGUGAGUUGCCCAGUUCCUGAGAUAUCUGCUGUACAGCUGUCUGCCUUCUCUUCAGUAACUGAAUAUUUGCUUUGUUGCAUUCAGAAAAUAGAAACUCAGCUGCAGUUUUCCAGAAAUCAGGUCCAGUUACACAAAAACGUUUCUACCGUCAGCGUCGACCAGCCUGAAGAAGCUGCUGGGGGGGCCUACAUGACCGAUGUUGAAGUACUGACCGAGGCUGCACAUAAGUUUGACUAAACUAAACUAAAACCAGGUUUAAGAAGAAGUUUAACUGAAAUAAACCUGAGACAAAUUAACUGAAGUGAGAUUUUGUGUUUUAGUCUUUGACAGGUAACAUUUGUCACAGGUAUGUGUGUACCUGACUGUGAGUCAGCUGUCUUCAGUGUGUGUGUGUGUGUGUGUGUGUGUGUAUGUGUGUGUAUUUAAAAAAAAAAACUAAAACCAGCCUGAAACUGAUUAAAAUCCAAACUGAGAACAUUGAUCUCUGUUAGUAACUCGCUCAGGAUUGUUGCUGCUGAGCUUUUCUUGCGCAGCUGGAGCAGAAAGCUGCAGGUGGCAGUUCGUACCAACAUACUGAAGAGAAGGCGGACGACUCGAUAGCCAAUAUCUCCAAAACUGGGCCAGAAUCGUAAAGACAAACGGGCCAGAGGGAAAAUAUUAAAAUCUAUUUACGAGUGAACUGUCCCCCUUCAGGAAAAAAACAAGUGAAGAAUUGGAGCGAAUUUUCAGUUUGAAAAGUGUAAAAAUAAUUUGCAUUACUGCAUUUAAUAUUCAGCCUGUUGGAGUGACAAAAUCUGUGAAUCUGCUAAAAAUAAGAAGCUGGUCAGAAAUCAAUAAUAAAACAUCUGCAGCUCUGAUCUUUCAAAAAGUCAGUCUUACAUUUUUUUAGUUGUUUAAAGAGAAACUUUUGUUCCCAAUAAUGCACAAAGACUUUGAGAUGCAUUAAUUAGAUAACUGACUAAUUAGGAUAUGUCGUCAUAAUAUUAGCGGAUCAUACAGGAAGCUGGGUCUCACAUCACUAAACCUCUCAGUUGUAGCACUGAUGCUCAUUCUGCUCGUACUGUAUAAACACACACAUCUCAUCAUCACUGCUCACACUCACAUCAUCAACACACACAUUAACACACACUCACACCUUUAACACGCGCGCAGAGAGCGGCUGA